AGCCGUUCUCGUACCCUUCCGAGAUCCAAGUAUACACGCACCUGGGCAGUACUUACGGCAGACCCACCAGCCGCCGGCUAUAAGAACUCAGGGAGUCAACGCCGAAGAUGACUUUUUUUGACUCCUUUACAGCAAAUUCAAAAUGGCGGAACAGGGCUACAUUGACUUCAAGUUGUAUAGAUAUACACCCAACCGCGUUGCGGCAGGGAUAUUCGUGGCCCUUUUUCUCCUCACGACAAUAUACCAUAUCUACCAGUUGGGGCGCAGACGGGCAUGGUACUUUAUAGCCUUCGUAAUUGGAGGAAUAUUCCAGAUCAUUGGCUACGUCUGCCGCAUCCUCGCCCAUAAUCACAAAGAAUCGGUUCCAAUCUACAGCGUGCAGACCAUCCUUAUCCUGCUUGCACCGCCGCUCUACGCUGCCUCGAUUUAUAUGGUCUUGGGCCGCCUAAUUACCUUUUUACGUGCCGAAAAGCUUAGUCUGGUUCCUGUCCGGUGGAUGACCAAGAUCUUCGUCGUAGGAGACGUGGUUGGAUUCGUCGCGCAGGCUGCAGGCGGAGGCAUCAUGGCAUCUGGCACGAUAGAAGACUACAAACUCGGCGAACACGUUACCGUCGCUGGUCUGGCGGUUCAACUAGCCUUCUUCAGUGUCUUCAUAGUAACCUGCGGAAUAUUUCACCGCCGCAUCCGACAGACGCCCACACGGGAAGUGGCCGUUAUCUCGGCCCGUCUCCGCGAACAGAAGAGACGGGGUUGGGAAACUGUCCUUCUGGGACUCUAUACUGCGAGUCUGCUGAUUCUUGUGCGGUCGAUCUUUCGGAUUAUUGAGUAUGCGCAGGGCAAUGAUGGGUAUCUAAUUAGCCAUGAGGUGUUUAUGUAUGUCUUUGACUCGGCACUGAUGUUUUUGACCAUGGUUGUCAUGAACGUGUGCCAUCCUUCGAUGAUUCUGGUUGGGCCCCAGAAGGGGAGAGAUGCGGAGAUGAGAGUGCUCGAGUCUGAUGAGUAGAGUAGUUAAGUUGGUGCCAUUCAUAUUAGUGGAGAAAAUUGUCUGUUCAUCCGAAAAGUCAAGAAAGACAUGGGAAUAUUGAACGUUGGAUAACUUAAAGUCGACUGCUCCGCAGAGAGGACGAAGGCAAUUGGCCAGAUACCCUCACCCACCUGCGCUGGGGCCACAAUCGAUUGACC